CUGUGAUUAGCUGUCGCUUGUCAAUAUUUGAGAUCAUGAAAGUGGAAGAGAGUGGAUUGGUGUCGAACUGUUUAUCUGACAUAACACCACUACAGAUGAGCUAUUGUCAUACAGAUAGACGUUUUUUAUGAGUCUUUAAUGUUUAUGGAUGCCUGCAGUUAUCGUCUCACAGCGAGAGAUCAAAAGUUUAUGUGACAGUUUUUGACUGUAAUAGGUCGCAAUGGAUCGAGCGUUAAACUCUGACGCUGUCAAUACAGCCGACACUGAAGGUCAUCAACGCUGGAGGAAUUGGAUUGGUUUUUGGUUACUGGGACUUUGCAAUAACUUUGCAUAUGUGGUGAUGCUGAGUGCAGCACAUGACAUCUUACAAAAACAGGAAUCUCAAAACACAACGACACCUACUCCAGCUCCAAACGGGACUAACAUAGAGAUCAGCAACAGCAGCAACAACAACAGCAGCCGCUAUGACUGCAAUGCUGUGUCCACUGCGGCUGUGCUGUUGGCAGAUAUCUUACCCACCCUGCUAAUCAAAUUCACAGCACCUUUCUAUAUACACAAAGUGCCUUAUGGAUUCCGUGUUUUGGUGUGUUUCAUUACGGCAGUAGUCAGCUUCCUGAUGGUGUCGUUCUCUUCAACUAUAUUGAUGAGUAUAUUUGGUGUCGUCUUUGCCAGUAUUAGUUCAGGAUUGGGGGAGCUUUCCUUUCUCUCCCUCUCUGUGUUUUUCCACAGGAAUGUGUUAAGUGGCUGGGGGUCCGGCACGGGGGCAGCAGGAGUAGCUGGAGCUUUCCUCUACUCUGCGUUUACACAGGCUGGUCUGACCCCCCAGGUUACGUUAUGGAUCAUGCUGGUUGUGCCUGUUAUUUUGGCUGUUAGCUAUUUCUUUCUCUUGGAGUUCCCAUCCUCAUUUCCACAGUGGAGACGCCACGGGGAUGGUCACAGUCCUUCCAGAGUGGUGAACUCCCAGGAGAGACGUCCUUUAAUUGAAGAAGAGACCGAUACAGAUGAGGAUUCUGAGACAACUCAAGAAGAACAAGAGGACAAGCACAUCAGACCCCUGACCUUCACUGACAAAAUGUAUAUCAUGAAGGGCCUGCUGAAGUUUAUUUUCCCUCUUGGUUUGGUUUACUUUGCUGAGUAUUUUAUUAACCAGGGACUGUUGGAGCUGCUCUACUUCCCUGACUCCCGUCUCUCACACGCAGAACAGUAUCGCUGGUAUCAGACAAUUUACCAGGUUGGUGUGUUUGCUUCCCGCACGUCUCUCGUCUGUUUUAAGAUCAGGAAAAUUUUCCUCAUGUCUCUCUUACAGUGUUUGAAUGCUGUUCUGUUGGGGUUCGCUGUAUACUACCAGUUCUUGCCAAACCCAUGGGUGGUUUUCGUUAUUGUCCUCUAUGAGGGUCUUUUGGGAGGAGCAGCCUAUGUCAAUACCUUCUUUUUCAUUCGCGAGGAGACCGCUAAGCGCGAAAGAGAGUUUGCCAUGGCUGCAGCAAGCGUAGGGGACAGUCUGGGAAUCGCUCUUUCUGCAGCUGCCGCCUUCCCCGUUCACCAUUAUUUCUGCUCUUUAUGAGCAAAUGAGAAUGUGUGUUUGUGCAAGAUAAAGAUUAAUUUAUGUUUUUAAAAUAUCUAAUAUAUUCCAUUUGGACUAAUACGUUCCGAUUUAAAUGAAUAAUGGUUUGAUUGAUCUGACUGAUAUUUGACCUACUGUUUCCCCUGCCAUUAUAUUAGGGGGG